UUGAAACACGCAACCACGCUCAUCACAUCCCUGUGCGCGCGCGGCGCGGUCCGCCACGCCCGCGACGUGUUCGACGAAAUGCCCGACCGGGACGUCGUGGCGUGGACGGCCAUGCUCUCCGGCUACGCCUCCAGCGGCUGCCACCGUGAGGCGCUAGACGUAUUCCGGCGCAUGCUCGCGGCCGGCGUCGUCCCCAACGAGUUCACACUGUCCAGCGUCCUGACCGCGUGCCGUGGCGGCGACGCCGGCGGCGGCGGCGGCGCAGCGUCGAUCCAUGCCGUCGCUGUGAUGCGGGGAGUGGAUCACAUGCCGUACGUAGUGAACGCGCUCAUCGACGCGUACGCGUCCCGCGGCGACGGCCUCGUGGACGCGAGGAGUCUGUUCGAUACCCUGGGGGCAGGGCGCACGGCCGCGUCGUGGACGUCCAUGAUUGCCGGUUAUGCCCGGUGGGGCAUGGAGAAUACGGGGCUACAAUUGUUCCAAAAGAUGAUUCAGGAUGAUAUUGAGUUGAGUCCAUUCACCUGCUCUAUUGCAAUCCAUGCAUGUGCUUCACUCGGCGACUUAUAUACUGGACAGCAAAUUCAUGUAGUCUCCAUAAGGAAAGCUCUUGGAGCCAACCUCGCUGUUGCAAAUUCUCUGAUCGACAUGUACUGCACAUGUGAAAGCAUAGUGGAUGCAAGGAGGCUUUUUGAUGAAAUGCCUGAAAGAAACUUGGUCACCUGGAAUACCAUUAUUGCUGGAUCUAGCCGAAAUGAUCCUCGAAUGGCCAUGCAGCUGCUUGUUGACAUGGAUAUCGAGCCAAAUUGCUUGACUCUAACUAGCAUCACAUCAGCAUGUGCUGGUCUUGCAGCUCUAAGAUGUGGCCAGCAGGUCCAUGGGGCUGUACUUCGGAGAAACUAUGGCGAUGACCUAAAAGUUUCCAAUGCCCUCGUAGACAUGUACUCCAAGUGUGGAAGCAUUUUUAAUGCUAAGAAGGUAUUCAACAUGAUGGCUUGCAAGGAUAUAUUAUCGUGGACAUCAAUGAUUGGUGGAUAUGGGAUGAAUGGGUAUGCGAAUGAGGCCAUCGAUCUGUUCAAUUCCAUGGUCCAUGCUGGGGUUCGUCCAGACCAUGUGGUGUUCGUGGGCCUGAUCAGUGCUUGCAGCCAUGCUGGUUUAGUAGAUGAAGGAUGGAACCUUUUCAUGUCAAUGCUAUUUGAGUAUAGUAUCCAGCCUAACAUGGAAAUUUAUGGUUGUGUCACCAAUCUUCUUGCUCGUGCAGGGAGGCUGAGAGAAGCCUUUAACCUCAUUGAUACAAUGCCACUCACUCCUGAUGAAUCUGUCUGGGGAGCUUUGCUUGGUGCUUGCAAGAUGCACAAGAAUGUAGAGCUGGGCAGACUAGCUGCAAGGAAAAUAAUUGAGAUUAAUCCUGAUGCUGCGAAGACUUACAUCCUGCUUGCAAACAUAUAUGCUGCAGAUAGUAAAUGGGGUGAUUAUGCUGUGAUGAGGAGGUGGUUGAGGGGCACAGGAAGCAGCAAGGAGGUCGGAAUGAGUUGGAUAGAGGUAACAGAUAAGAUGUAUAGCUUUAGCACAGCUGACAGUAACAGUCUCCAAGUUAGUUUGGCGGAUGAGGUAUUGCGGAUCUUAGUUCAACACAUGGAUGAAGCGGGAAAUGAUUUUGACGAAAAUCUUUCCAAGGUUGCAUGAUUGUUUUGUUCUUAAGUGGUUUCUGCAUUCUUGGGUCAAAUGUUACAGAUUGAUUCUGGAGGUUUGAUCCUGAUAAGACUUAUCCAAGACUAAACAAAUUUCUUAUGCAAUGUAAAUAAUUUUUUACAGUGGUAAGACCAACUCAAAGAAAUAGUAGUUCAGCCAUAUUUAUUUUCUUUUGUACACAUUUUUUUUCACUUUCAUGGUUAUCUCACUUGCAUUUCUUUAUACUUACUGUUAUACAAUUUCAGUCUCAAAUUCGAUUGGUAGUUGUCAUUCUUUUACUGGUGACAGACCAUCAUAUGAUUCCUAAGAAUGAGAAAACAUGGGUGUCAAACUGACUUCAUUUUUCGCCAAACUCAUUCAAAUAGCUCUGAUGUGGCAUUGAAUUGAUGUCAUAUGUUUAUUGACUGGACUUUGUAAAUCCCUGGUGUGUUGCUUCUGUUUCCUGCCAGUUGAAUUCUUAGCAUAUUUAUUGUAAAAGUGUAUUCUCUUGUGCUAUGCACAUUACAGUUACAGAAAGUGUAUUUCUUGCUAGAAGCCAUUAAGAUGUCCUAUGCUGUGGUAAGGGCGGCAUCUGUGUCUCUAAAUGUUUUAAUGGUUGUAUAUACUCCAAUCCUUAACAGAUGUGCAUCACUGGCCAUCCUUUUAUGGAAGGGACUAACUUGAGAGCCGAAGUUGACAGCAGAGCUUCUCGUGAAGCUUCAGUUAUUUGUUGGUAGGCAGAUUAUCAGGCUAUUAUAUAUUUGAGAGGAAUUGUAGCUAAAGGAUUGUAGCCCCCUGAUGAAAAAAUGGCAUUUGUGGUAAUGAGUGGGCAGUAGAUAUGAUAGUAAAAGGUUCGUAUUCUCCUGAACAGUUGAGGUUUUAUUCAUAUUUGGUGGGUGCCCUGACUAGAGCUUUAGAACCCUUCUUCUGAAGGAACCAUAGGUAAAUUUUCAAGAGCUGUGUAUUUGUUCAUGUAUCCUGUGCUUUCAGCUACCCUAUGCUUCUUACUUUCUUUGUUGGUCUGAUAUAGCUUUGUAGGCAUUAACCACAACAAUAACAACAAAUCCUUUUAGUCCCAAGCAAGUUUGGGUAGCCUUUUUAUGGGCGUUAAAUGUUGGA